UUUUGAAGCCAAGAGGAGGACCGGAGUAGCACAAGGGGAGUCGGUUGGGUCUUAUUCGUCAAACUAGGGAGUAUUGUGUGGAGAGCAUGGCUCACUCCAAGACUCGAGCCACCGAUGGCAAGAUCACCUACCCCCCAGGGGUGAAGGAGAUCUCGGACAAAAUCUCCAAAGAGGAGAUGGUGCGGAGGCUCAAGAUGGUGGUGAAGACCUUCAUGGACAUGGACCAGGACUCAGAGGAAGAAAAGGAGUUGUACCUGAACCUGGCACUUCAUUUGGCCUCUGACUUUUUCCUUAAGCACCCAGACAAGGAUGUACGACUGCUGGUAGCUUGCUGCCUGGCAGACAUCUUCCGCAUCUACGCCCCUGAAGCACCCUAUACCUCGCCUGACAAGCUUAAGGACAUCUUCAUGUUCAUCACCCGGCAGCUGAAAGGUCUUGAAGACACAAAAAGUGCACAGUUCAACCGAUACUUCUACUUACUGGAGAAUAUUGCCUGGGUCAAGUCCUACAACAUCUGCUUUGAGCUGGAGGAUAGCAAUGAGAUCUUCACUCAGCUCUACAGAACUUUGUUCCAAGUGAUAAACAAUGGGCACAAUCAGAAAGUACACAUGCACAUGGUGGACUUGAUGAGCUCCAUCAUCUGCGAGGGUGAUACUGUCUCCCAGGAGCUGCUGGACACGGUCCUUGUCAACCUAGUUCCUGCCCACAAGAACUUGAACAAGCAGGCAUAUGACCUGGCCAAAGCCCUGCUAAAGAGGACAGCACAAGCUAUUGAACCAUACAUUACAAACUUCUUCAACCAGGUGCUGAUGCUGGGGAAGACAUCGGUGAGCGAUUUGUCGGAGCAUGUGUUUGACCUCAUCCUGGAGCUUUACAACAUCGACAGCCAUUUGCUUCUCUCAGUCCUUCCUCAGUUGGAGUUCAAGCUCAAGAGCAACGACAAUGAUGAGCGCCUGCAGGUGGUGAAACUUUUAGCCAAGAUGUUCGGAGCUAAAGAUUCAGAGUUGGCUGUCCAGAACAAACCUCUCUGGCAGUGUUACCUGGGAAGGUUUAAUGACAUUCAUGUUCCCAUUCGCCUGGAGUGUGUGAAGUUUGCAAGUCAUUGCCUGAUGAACCACCCAGACUUGGCCAAAGACCUUACAGAGUACCUAAAGGUCCGGUCACAUGAUCCAGAGGAGGCCAUCAGACACGACGUGAUUGUGUCUAUCGUUACUGCUGCCAAGAAGGACCUGUCACUUGUCAACGAUCAGCUGCUUAACUUUGUUAGAGAGAGGACGCUGGACAAGAGGUGGAGGGUCCGCAAGGAGGCCAUGAUGGGUCUGGCUCAGAUCUACAAAAAAUACUCCCUGCAGGGGGAGGCAGGGAAAGAAGCCACCAAGCAGAUCUCUUGGAUCAAGGACAAGCUCCUGCACAUCUACUACCAGAACAGCAUAGAUGACAGGUUGCUGGUGGAGCGAAUAUUUGCCCAGUACAUGGUUCCCCAUAACCUGGAGACUACAGAACGCAUGAAAUGUCUUUAUUAUCUUUAUGCAACAUUGGAUCUCAAUGCUGUUAAGGCAUUGAACGAGAUGUGGAAGUGUCAGAACAUGUUGCGACAUCAUGUAAAGGACCUGCUGGACCUGGUGAAGCAGCCAAAAUCUGAUGCUUCCAGCAAGGCGGUAUUUUCUAAAGUCAUGGUGAUCACCAGAAAUCUGCCAGACCCUGGGAAGGCCCAGGAUUUUGUGAAGAAGCUGGCUCAGGUUCUGGAAGAAGACGAGCGGAUCCGGAGCCAACUGGAGACCCUGGUCAGCCCAACCUGUUCCUGCAAGCAAGCAGAGUGUUGUGUGAGAGAGAUCACUAAGAAGCUAGGGAGUCCCAAACAGCCCAGCAACCCAUUCUUGGAGAUGGUGAAGUUCCUGCUGGAGAGGAUUGCACCUGUGCACAUUGAUACCGAGUCCAUCAGUGCUCUGAUCAAACAGGUGAACAAAUCAAUUGAUGGUACAGCAGAUGAUGAGGAUGAGGGUGUUCCCACAGAGCAGGCCAUCCGGGCUGGCCUGGAGCUGUUGAAGGUGCUGUCCUUCACCCACCCGGUGUCAUUCCAUUCGGCUGAAACUUUUGAGUCUCUGCUGGGCUGCCUGAAGAUGGAUGAUGAGAAAGUGGCUGAGGCUGCUCUGCAGAUCUUCAAGAACACUGGCAGCAAGAUGGAGGAAAGCUUUCCACACAUCAAGUCGAUCUUGUUGCCAGUACUGCAGAACAAAGCUAAGAAGGGACCUCCCCGUCAGGCCAAGUAUGCCAUCCACUGCAUCCAUGCCAUGUUCUCCAGCCGAGACACGCAGUUUGCACAGAUUUUUGAGCCUCUGCACAAAGGACUUGACCCCUCUGACCCAGAGCAACUCAUAACACCACUCACCACCCUCGGCCACUUGGCUAUGCUGGCACCAGAGCAGUUUGCAGGACCGUUGAAGUCGCUAGUGGCCAACUUCAUUGUUAAGGACCUGCUCAUGAAUGACAGAGUUCCUGGCAAGAAGACGACCAAGCUGUGGGUCCCAGAUGAUGAGGUAUCCCCCGAAACACUGGCUAAGAUCCAGGGUAUCAAACUUAUGGUGAGAUGGCUUCUGGGAGUGAAGAAUAAUAUGAGCAAGUCUGGAAACUCUACCCUGAGGAUGCUGACAGCCAUACUGAACAGUGAUGGUGAUCUGACAGAGCAAGGAAAGAUGGGAAAGCCAGAUAUGUCCAGGCUCCGUCUGGCAGCAGGCUGUGCCCUGCUAAAACUGGCCCAGGAACCCUGUUACCAUGAGAUCAUCACCCUGGAGCAGUACCAGCUUUGUGCACUUGUCAUCAAUGACGAGUGCUACCAGGUGCGUCAGGCUUUCGCUCAGAAGCUGCACAAGGGUCUCUGCCGGCUGCGGCUGCCACUGGAGUACCUGGCCAUCUUUGCACUGUGUGCUAAGGACCCCAUGAAAGAACGGAGGGCUCACGCACGGCAGUGCCUACUGAAAAACAUUAACAUUCGCCGGGAGUACCUGAAGCAGCAUGCUGCCGUCAGUGAGAAGCUUUUCUCCCUCCUCCCGGAGUAUGUUGUGCCCUACACCAUACACCUGCUAGCACAUGACCCAGACUACGUCAAGGUGCAGGACAUUGAGCAGCUCAAAGACAUCAAAGAGUCAUUGUGGUUUGUUUUAGAAAUCAUAAUGGCAAAGAAUGAAAACAACAGCCAUGCGUUUAUUAGGAAAAUGGUGGAGAACAUCAAACAAACAAAGGAUGCUCAAGCACCCACAGAUCCCAAGAUAAAUGAGAAAUUGUACACUGUCUGUGAUGUGGCCAUGAACAUCAUUAUCUCGAAGAGCACCACCUACAGCUUGGAGUCACCCAAAGAUCCCGUGCUCCCAGCACGCUUCUUUACUCAGCCUGACAAGAACUUCAGCAAUACGAAAAAUUAUCUACCCCCAGAAAUGAAGUCAUUUUUCACUCCAGGAAAGCCCAAAGCAGCCAAUGUGUUGGGGGCAGUGAACAAGCCCUUGUCCACUGCAGGCAAGCAGCUGCAGACAAAGUCAUCUCGCAUGGAGACAAUCAGCAACGCCAGCAGCAGUUCCAACCCCAGCUCCCCCGGUCGAAGCAAAGGGAGGUUGGAUAGUGCUGAAAUGGACCACAGUGAGAAUGAAGAUAUCACCAUGAUGAAGAAGAAUGAAAAGAGGGAUGAUGCAGAUGUGUCAAGGGAAGGUGACAAGCCUCGGGGACGGAAGCGUGCAGUUGCUCCAUGCCAGGAGGAUGACUCGGGCCAGGAUCCCAAACCUAAGAGGGGCCGCAAGAAGGCAGCCAACAUGAGCGCUCCAGGUCAAGAGGAGCAGUGGACAGAAGAGGCCCGAAUUACUGCCGAUGCUUCCAUGGAGGAGGAUGAACAAAACAGCCCACCCAAGAAGGGCCGCAGGGGACGUCCACCGAAGGCAACCACAGCCAAAGAAGAAACUCCCAGCAAGGGGAGGAGAGGCCGAAAGAAGGCCACUGCACCAUCUCCAGAUGAGGAGGAGCCAGUGCCCGAGGAAGACGAAGAGGAAGAAGAUCGCAACAGUGAGAACAUGGAGGUGAAACCUAAAGGGGGCAGACAGGCCAGAACACCACGGAGGUCACAGCAGAGGACAGAGUCCUCGGAAGCCACAGACAACUCAGCCCCAUCUACUCCACAGAAGCGACGAGGGAGACCACCUAAAUCUGCACAGCAGCCACCCAAGAAAAUAGCGCGUGGGGGACGCUCCAGAGCAGCAGCCGCUAAAGAGAACGAGUCCGCGGAUGAGCUGGAGACAACCCAGCAGAACAUGGAGGAUGAGGGAGAGGAGGAAGCAGAGCAAGCGGAGGAUGGGGAGGAUUACACUGCACCCAAAGCAAGACGGAAGACAAGUGGGCGGCGGGAGAGAAGAUGAGAUCUGGAGACAAGAUGAAUUGCAAACGAUCAAGUAAGAGAGAAGUGGGGUGUACCGAGACACCGGGUCUGUCUGCUUCAAAAACUUGUGGGUGUGAACGAAUGAUGGAGGUUGGACUUUGAACUGUUUCUCUUCGGACAAUUCAGUCCGAUGCACCCCCUGAAUCACAAGCUUUCGCCACACACAUUGAUAUCAUUAACUGUGGGUUGUUGUGCAUUGUGAUGUUUGCUGGCUGUGUAGAAA